AUGAAGACUCUUCUCUUGACCUUUGUGCUGCUCAGACUGGUGGCCACCCUGCAGGCCCAGGGCCCCCGGACCUGGUACAUGAAGGCCACAGUUUCCAACAAGAACCUGACAAAAGGGAAGAGGCUCAGGGAGGCAUUCCCCGUAGCAAUGAUAGCCCUGGAAGGGGGGAAUGAGACUAGCCCCAGGCAGUAUCCCAAAGCUCAGGCAGGGGUAGCGUUUAAAGGCCACUGCCACGAGAAGAAAAUUCUGAUGCAGAAAACUGAGGAGACUGGUGAAUACAGGGACCUAAAGGGCAAGAAGCGCUUAUACAUAGAGGAGCUGCCUGUGAUGGACCACGCCAUCUUUUAUUGUGAAGGCCAGCACCAUGGGAAAACAUUCUGUGUGGCAAAGCUCAUGGGGAGGACCUCUGAGGAAAACCUGGAAGCACUGGAAGAAUUUAAAGAAUUUGCACAAUGCAAGGGACUUCUGCAGGAGGACAUCUUCAUGCUUGAACAGAGGGAGUGUCCAACUCACUCAGGAGGCCUCCUCACCCCAGCCAAGGCCAUGACCCUGCUCCCACCUCCAAAUGAGGACCCUGUGGCUCCAACAGAGCGAGUCUCUUCCCUGGACACAGGAUGA